AAGCCCGAAAUGGCAACACUGCACGCGGCUCCACCCAACGACUGACAACGACCUCUGCAUCAACGCAUGUUUGCGCCCGCCCGAACAUCCCCACCCUUCUAGCAUCCAUGGAGCUGCGGUAAUAGAAGAGCAGCCAACAUAGACGUUGAGCACCACCCAGCAUGGACGACCUUCUCGGCGAGGACUGGCAGAAGCCGGCGAAGCCUGCGCCUACCAUACCCCCCAACACCACCGCGUUCGCCAACAACUACAGCAGCCUGCGAGCGAGUCCAGCGCUCCCGCUCUCCGGCAAUGCAUCCCCCGCCAAUCUCAGCCGGCCCUCGAGCACCGUCAAUGGCGCCAAAGCACCAACCAACGACUCGUUCGGCAACCUACUGCCUCUCAAGGCGCAAAAGGCGGGAAGCAGCUUGUCCAUGCAAGAGCGGCAGAAGCAAUUGAUGGAGGAGAAGCGGCGACAGCACGAGCAGCAGGCCCAGCUAUGGGAUCGGCUAGACAGUGGGAAAUCAACCCCGGACAUCAGACAGUCCUCCCCAGCAGCGCAGGAAAGCGAGGACGACAUCUUGGCUGCUUUCAAUAAGAAUGCACCUGUCAACAAGGCUACUUACUUCUCUCCGCCGCCACCUUCAGAACAGGUCAGCCGGAAGGGCACACCCUCGCUGUCGCAGCCGCCGGUCACCACCGGAUUCGACGAUGAUGACGACACGUUUGGGUUGAACGAGCUGGCCCGCAGAAACAAUGGACGGAGAGUUGCGCAGACUAUUCCCAAGGGCGAUGAUGAGGAUGAUGUAUUGGGAGACCUGGCAAGACCUGUAACGCAACGUCCACAACCAGCUCCGCGACACUCUCUGGACGAGCCUAUGCUUCAGGGGGAUGUUCAUUCAGCGAUGCCACCAGAAGAUGAGCUGCAUGGAGGCGAAGAGGAUCGUGCAUUGGCAGAACUUAUCGACAUGGGCUUCCCCGCAGACACCGCGCGGAUAGCAUUGGCGGAGAGUGGAGGCAAUGUUCAGCAUGCCGUGGGGUAUCUUUUGCAGCAAGCCCACGAAGAAUCUCGCCAGCAGGCUCGGGAGGACAGCUCUCGCAACAGCAGCAGAGGACCUCAACCAAGACGUGAGCAAGCAGGCCGCGAUCCAACGCCCUCUUGGAUGAGACAGGGAGACAGCUUACCUCCGAGACGGCCGGAAGGUGACCAACACACGAAUGGAGACCGAGAUCCCGCGCAAGUAGCACAGGAAUAUGGAGCCAAAUUCUUCAAGUCGGCAAAUGCCCUAUGGAAGGCAGGGCAGAAGCAGGUGGCGAAGACGGUGGCCGACUUUCAACAGCAAGACGGAGAGUCGACUCAGCCGAGAUGGAUGCGCGACCCAAGUACAGAAUCCGGCGGACGACUGACCAGCCAGAGAAGACCGGUCGACCCCGCCGCCAAAGUAUCACCGAGCGUGGACCUCACAGAUGAAGCAGCGAUGCUUGAUGCACCACGCCAGCGACCCCCCAAACCACCGCGGCCAUCCGCCUCUGCACAAGCGGUUGAUGAUCAGGGCCGACGAUCCUCACCGCCCGUGGAGUCGCUCCCUCAGAGACCAGCAGUACAGGCAAGACCUCGGCCUGUGCAAACACCGCCAAUCGGAUCAGACAGACGCCCAACAACCAAACUCAGCAGACAGGACGUCGAGGAUCAGACCGCACAGGCCUAUAUCAGUCCUGCUCGGCGGAAGAAGACGACUCCAAUUCCCGAGCCGGCGCCUGAGCCAGAAGUCGACCUUUUCAGCCCAGCUCCGCCCAAGACAAGCUCGCCAAUACCCACACCUGCGUCCAGCAAACCCUCUCCAGCACGACCCGCCUCUCGGUCAUCACCAGCACCGCCAAAGCUCUCCAUCCCUCAGAGAAAUAUCCCCUCAAUCUCCCCAUCCGCUCUCGCAGCAUCCGCCACCCAUCGCAAAGCAGGCGGCGAGCACUUCAAACGCGGCGAUUACGGCGCCGCGCACGACUCCUAUACCGCCGCUCUGACCCCCCUCCCCUCUAAUCACCCCAUCGCAAUCAUAGUUCUCAGCAAUCGCUCCCUAACAGCCCUAAAAACCGGCGACGCCAAACAAGCCAUCACCGAUGCCGACCGCGCGCUAGAGAUCAUCGGCCCAGGCCAAGGCCAAGGCGAGACCAUCGAUCUCGGGUCGGGGGAGGGCACGAAAGAAAUGAAGGAGUUCUACGGCAAAGCGGUGAUGCGCAAAGCAGAAGCUCUCGAACACCUGGAGAAGUACGCCGAUGCGGCAGUCGUAUGGCGCCUAGCCAUUGCAGCCGGCGCAGGCGGGUCAGUAAGUCUAAGCGGCCGCGACCGCUGCGACAAAGCCGCAGGCGGCGCAUCGAAAGCGGCCGCCGCCCCAAAAACCGUUCCACCUCGCACCAACAAACCCGCCUCCCGCCCCUCACCAUCGAAACCCCAAAACAACACCUUCACGCGCCCCUCCGCCUCCUCCAACUCCGCCGUCGCCAAGUUGCGACUCGCCAACGCCGAAGCAGAGCGCGCAGACGACGAGAAGUUUGCGCUCUCCGACGCCGUGGAUGCGCGGCUGACGGCGUGGCGAGGCGGCAAGACGGACAAUCUGCGCGCGCUGCUGUCGACUUUGGAUGCGGUGUUGUGGGCCGAGGCGGGGUGGAAGAAGGUUGGGAUGGGCGAUUUGAUUGUGCCUGGGAGGGUGAAGGUUGUGUAUAUGAAGGCUAUUGCGAAGGUGCAUCCUGAUAAGAUUCCGCAGGAUGCAACGACGGAGCAGCGCAUGAUUUCCGGCGCGGUGUUUGCUACGCUGAAUGAGGCCUGGGACAAAUUCAAGACGGACAACCAGCUUUGAUUCGGUGUUGAACUCAGCGAGGCGCUUGGGUAUCUCGAGGAGCAUUGGGAGAGACAGAGCGUGCUAUGCUCAUGCCCCUGGGGAUCAUCUAACAAGGUCACGGAUCUACAGAAAGAUAGACACUUUGGCUCGAUACUCUUACAUUGAAGAUGCAAUUUAUGUAUACACACGA